AUGGGAGACAAUAGGGGAAAAAAGAGGGCAUGGGGUGAGAAAUGGGUAGCAAUGGGAGACUUUAACGACAUUUGCUCAAACGGGGAGAAAUGGGGGGAAAGAGAGGGAUCAGAAGGUAGUUUUAGGGAGUUCAAUAGCUUUAUUUCUGAUAAUGAGUUAGUGGACAUAGGGUGUAAGGGGGUGCCUUGGACAUGGAGUAACACAUGGGAAGGGGAGGGAGAAAUAAGAGAGAGACUAGAUCGAUGUUUAGGAAGUGUUGGGUGGGUACAAAAGUAUGAGAAUGCUGCUGUGGAACACAUUGAAAUAGAGGCUUCUGAUCACUGCCUGCUCCUAAUGGACACAAAAUCGAAGCAAAGGAGGGCCAAAAGAAGGUUUUUCUUUGACCAAAGAUGGGCAAGGGAUGAGGCAUCAAUAGCUGUUAUUAAAAGAGCUUGGGGACUGGAACAAAAUGGGUCUAGAAUGUUCAGAGUGGUGAAAAGGAUUAAGGAAUGUAGAAUUGCUCUGAUUGAAUGGAACAAGUCACUUAAAGGCAACACAAAGGCAAAAAUUCAGGAGCUGAAGGAGAAACUAAGGUCCGUCCGUGAGGAGAAUGAGCCAUGCAACAAAGGAGUUAUCACAACCUUAAAGCUACAACUAAGCAAAGCUUACAAGGAUGAAGAGUUGUUUUGGAGCCAGAAAUCAAGGAGCAGAUGGCUCAAAGAGGGGGACAAGAAUACAGCCUACUUUCACCUAAGUGUCAUGGCUGCUAGGAAACGGAACAAUAUCAGUAUACUCCAGAAGGCUAAUGGGGAGUGGUGUACGAGUGCAGAGGAAAUCAAAGCUGAGUUAAGCGAGCACUAUGCGGAGCUGUUCAACUCAAGUAAUCCAUCUGAAUUUGAAGAAGUGUUGCAAGGCAUACCGUGCACUAUUUCUAAUCUCGCGAACACACAGUUGAUCAAGCCAGUGACAGAAUUGGAGAUAAAACAAGCCAUAUUUUCCAUGUUCCCAAAUAAAGCCCCUGGAGUUGAUGGUAUGCCCCCUUUAUUUUUCCAAACAUACUGGCAUAUUAUCAAAAAUGAUAUUGUCAAUGCUGUCACAAGUUUUUUCCAUUCUGGUAAUAUCUUAACGGCUAUCAAUGAGACCAUUAUCUCCAUUAUCCCUAAGGUUGACAAUCCUGUUGUGCUUACUAAUUACAGGCCUAUAAGCCUUUGCACUGUCCUUUAUAAAACUAUUUCCAAGAUUUUGGCUAAUAGAUUGCAAAAAGUCCUAGUGCACUGUAUUAAUCCGUCUCAAUCUGCUUUUGUCCCUGGGCGUCAAAUUCUUGACAAUGCUAUCAUCGCUCAUGAAGUCUUGCAUUUCCUAAAAAGUAAGAGAGGUGGUAGAGUAGGCUUUAUGGCUUUAAAGCUUGAUAUGUCAAAAACCUAUGAUAGAGUGGAGUGGAAGUUUCUAGGCAGAAUUAUGUUACAUAUGGGCUUUUGUCCUACUUUUGUUCGCUGGAUCAUGACGUGUAUCUCCACUGUUUCUUAUUCUUUUAAUUUGAAUGGACAAAAUGUGGGUUAUAUCAAACCAUCUAGAGGUCUCCGUCAAGGGGAUCCCCUAUCCCCCUACUUGUUCAUUAUAUGUAUGGAAGGGCUGUCCAAUUUUAUCAAGAAAGGUGUGGAUUCUAAGCAACUAACGGGCAUCAAAGUCUGCAAAGACAGCCCUAUGAUCUCUCAUCUCUUUUUUGCAGACGAUUCUCUUUUGUGUUGCAAAGCAAGCAAGGAGGAGGCUAAGAAGGUAAAGGAGAUCAUUCAGACUUAUGGACAAGCCACAGGACAGGUAGUAAACUUUGGUAAAUCAGCCAUGUUCCUUACUAAAAAUACCUCCAACAGGAUUCGAGGAGAGAUUAGGGAGGUUUUGGGCAAUAUGAGGGCAGCCUCUAGUGGGAAAUAUUUAGGAUUACCUAUGACUAUUGGGAGAGCUAAGAAUCAGGUUUUUGGGUUCUGGUGGGGCGGGGAUGGUCUAGAGAACAAAGUGCAUUGGGUGAGGUGGAGUAAGCUUACUGAAGUUAAAGGGAAAGGGGGAUUGGGCUUUAGAGAUUUAGAAGCCUUCAAUGUUGCCUUGCUUGCAAAACAAAUUUGGAGAGUUGUUACAAAUCCGAAUUUGUUAGUAAGCAAGGUCCUGAAAGCUAAAUACAUGAAAAAGACUGACUGGCUUGUUCAAAAGCCCCCGAGCACAGCAUCUUGGUGCUGGAAAAGUUUACACAAGGGAGGUGAGCUGCUUCAGCAGGGCCUAUACAAGAGGGUAGGAGAUGGAAGGUCAAUUAAAAUCUGGGAAGACAGAUGGGUAGCUGGAUCGUGCAAUGGGAAAUUAACUACGGCAAAACCAGCAGGGUGUCAACUUGAGUGUGUCCAUGAACUAAUAGAGGAGGGGAGGUGGAAGACUGAUACUUUGCAUCGCUGGUUUAACAUAGAUGAUGUGGAACUCAUAACUAACAUCCCUCUAAGUCUAUAUGAAAGGAAAGACAGAUUGUAUUGGUUGCAUAGCAAGUCUGGUGUUUAUACAAUCAGAACAGGCUACGUUAUUGCCAAAGGGGGAAGGGAGACUGUGAACCACAGGAUAGCACCUGACUCUGAGACUAGCUGGGCAAUUAGGAAGCACACGGUGUGGAAAAGAUUGUGGGGCUUAAAUAUCAAAAUGAAGCUCAAGCAUUUUUUAUGGAGGUGUUUGCAAAAUGGGCUGGCUACUAGUGAAGCUCUCUACCAAAGAGUUGGGAAAGGAAGCAAUCUGUGCCAAUGUUGUGGUGAGGCUACGGAAACCAUUGAACAUGUAUUCUUUUUUUGUCCAACAGCUCAAAUAGCUUGGAGGCUAGCUCCGCUCUGGAAGGCGAGAAACAAGAGAGUAUUCCAGCUGGAGAGUGAGGAUGCAAAAGUGAUAAUUGACAAAGCCCAGCAAGAGUGGAUCGAAUUUGAAGAGGCAACUGUUCCUCAACCCCGAGGAUUCGCAUCAACAGAGCAGGAAAGACUGAGUCAGCAUAAUUGGGAGCCACCAAAGGAGGGAGUAGUGAGAAUUAAUACGGAUGCAGCAAUCUCAGCAAAAAUGGUCAGGAUCGGAUUGGGAAUUGUUGCACGGAACUGGCGAGGAGAUCUAGUGAAAGUCCGAGGGAUUAGUAGAAGGAAAAAAGGGGAAGCUGCCACAGAGGAAUCAUUAGCAAUCCGAAGUGCGCUGGAAAUGGCUCAAGCUGCAGGAUGGACAAAGAUAGAAGUCCAGUCGGACUGCAGAAACGUUGUGAGCUCGAUCAAUGCGGGCAAUGUUCAGGAUUGUAAGUUACAAACAAUCCUAGAAGACAUUGAGGCCCUAAAGACUAGUUUUGACAGUUGUAUUUUCUCUUUUGUUCCCAGAAGUGCGAAUGGCUACAGUCAUGAAGUGGCUCAAUUUGCAACCAAGGUGGUUAAAACCAUUGAUUGGCAAGCUUCAUUUCCAACAUGGUUAACUGUUCUUGCUAGAAAAGAUAUGGGGGGAAACACAAAUUCUGUAUUUGCUCGAGCUCAAUUGGGUACCGGAACUCCAUCUGCUACUGUUAAUGUACAAAUUCAAUUCCUAGCUAGCCCGAGUGGAACAAAGAAGAAAGGAAGGCCUACAAAAGCUAAAGCCAUAAGGACAAUAAACACUAUUGAGAAAAAGACUGGUGGUACCCCCAUUCAUUCACGCAUGCCUUCUAGAGAAAAUGCCCCUGUAGAAAGCAACAAUGGAGCUUCUCAGACAUCCAGAACUGUUACCAUAGAAGCUAAUGCAACUACUAACUCUGUCAAUGUUAGUAGCUCCUUCAGCAUGUGGUUUUAA